AAUAGUUUUUUUAAAAAUUUUCCGCUAAGGCCUAAAGCUCUUUCCCUUCGUUUCUCAUGUAAUUUCCUUCGUUCGGUUCAAUUCUCCUUUUUGUAAAAAGCCUGUCGUCGAUUCCUCUCAUUUCCUUCCUUUUUUCCCCCCCUUUCUCAGUGAUUGCCUUCCAUUUUUCUCAUUUAUUUAAUUAGAAGACCUAGUGCUAUAUUUUCUUCUUUUUUCCCGGAAAAUCUUCCUUUGCUUUUGCUGUUGUUUCCCAUUUUCUUCACCAAAUGCUCAGUUUUUUCUUUUACAUAAUUCCCUUGUAAAGAUCAGGCCCUUGUUUGUUUUUACACCGCUUUUUCUAGUAUUAGAUCUUUGCUCUCCGUAGGGUUUCAUUUCUGCCCAGUUUUUACUUCCAAUAAUAUAAAAAUUUGACUCUAAUUCUAGGGUUUCCUUAGUUUUCGGGUAUCAUAUAUUUUCCUAAAAUGGAAAAGGAUAAAUCUCCAGGCUUACCGCCACCGUCAGGUAGAUUUUCAAAUGCUCCAAACGCUUUCAAUUUGAAACAUGAAACGAAUCGUUUUAGUCAUGAUAUCAGCAAAAUGCCUGAUAAUCCACCGAAGAACUUAGGUCACCGCCGUGCCCAUUCCGAAAUCCUUACUCUUCCUGACGACAUUAGCUUCGAUAGUGAUCUCGGCGUCGUGGGGGCAACCGACGGGCCUUCGUAUUCGGACGAAACAGAGGAAGAUUUAUUGUCUAUGUAUCUUGAUAUGGAUAAGUUCAAUUCUUCUUCUGCCACCUCAACGUUUCAGGUCGGUGAGUCGUCUGCGCCGGCUGGUCCAGCUGCUGCUCUGGUGGCUGCGGUAGGUGGGGAAAAUGUGAGUAUUGAUGUUGGGUCUUCUGAGAAGCCUAGAGUUAGGCACCAACAUAGCCAGUCGAUGGAUGGGUCGACGAGUAUUAAGCCGGAAAUGCUUAUGUCUGGUUCGGAAGAGGUUUCACCUGCUGAUUCUAAUAAGGCUAUGUCCGCUGCUAAGCUUGCUGAGCUUGCUCUUAUUGAUCCCAAGCGUGCUAAGAGGAUCUGGGCAAAUAGGCAAUCUGCUGCAAGGUCAAAAGAAAGAAAGAUGAGAUAUAUAGCUGAGCUUGAACGGAAAGUACAGACGCUGCAAACUGAAGCAACAUCACUCUCUGCCCAGCUGGCUCUAUUACAGAGAGAUACCAAUGGUCUGACUGCUGAAAAUAGUGAGUUGAAACUGCGGUUGCAAACAAUGGAACAACAGGUUCACUUGGAAUACGCUUUAAAUGAUGCACUGAAAGAGGAAAUCCAGCAUCUGAAGUUGCUGACUGGCCAAUCUAUGCCAAAUGGAGGACCAAUGAUGAACUUUGCAUCUUUUGGAGCUGGUCAUCAGUACUACCCAAAUAAUCAUGCUAUGCAUUCUCUUCUAACAACACAGCAGUUCCAGCAACUUCAGAUUCACUCGCAGAAGCAUCAGCAUCAGUUCCCACUACAUCAAUUGCAUCAGCUUCAGCAGCAUCAACUGCAACAGCAAACAGGGGAGAUGAGAGUUAGAGGAUCCGUGCCUUCCCCCAAUCAGAAUGAUGGUUCAUCUGAUGUCAGCUCAACCGCGUCAAAGGAUUGAGGAGUUAGAGGCCCAUAGUGCCAGGUAUUGAUGGGUCUUUGCUGUUGUUCAAAAUCUAGGUUGCAACCCAUCAUUAGAUAGGACGGAUUUCUUCAUUUCAUUUGUUUGUUCACAUCUCUUCAGGCGUUUCUAUAUAACAUUUAUGUCUAGGUAGUUAUAUUUAAAUUAUAGUUGAAGAUUGAACUAAAAGAUAUAUAUAAUAUCAUCUGGUAUACAACAAAUAAAAAAAAUUUAGUUCUUUCAUGUUCGGCUCAUUCACUGUUGAUGCCAUGAUGAACUGAUCUUCAAGUUCAAGGUGAACAGAAUGAUUAGUAGAAUCUGGUUGUCCUAGAGUUUGAUAGCUGCUACUAGUCAGAGUCUGCACCAUGUUUAGAUCUUGAUUUUCUUGAUCAUCAAAAUUCCCAAAAUUCUGUUGAUAGAUGGUUAGAGCUCUACAUCCAUUCCAUUCAUCAGUGUUGGCUUGGCUUGGCUUGGUUUGCUUUAGGUUACUCUCUCAACAGUCAACACAAACUUUCUUAGCAGUUGGAAUUGAGAGAUAUCGACAUCUCUCCAUCAUUGACCUAUGAGAUUUUACACUUCUUCGUUCUUGGAUUCUACUUCAUAUCUUUCGUCUUCAUCUCGCAAAUAAUAUGAUCAUUGAAAAUGUAGUGGCUUAAAGGAAAAUGCAUUCAUCCUUGUCUUAUGCUUCGAUAAAGCCAAUAUCCAUGCUCAGCACUACUGUCAAUUCAUGAUUUACGAUUCUUCAAUUUGGUGAAAACUUGUCGAAAAAUAGUCCAAUGCUCUUUGUUUUUACCGUGAAUCUCACUUAUUCUAACUGCCCGUUUGGUGCGAUUGAAUUUAUCACAUCAUCAGUUAUCAAUUCUAGUGAAAUUUAUUUAAUA